AUGACGCCCCACUCUGUAGGUCCCGAACCUGAAGAGUUAUCUCGUGCCAUCAGCGAGCUCGAUUUGACCGCUUUAAGAGGUGUUGACGGUGCUUCGGACGAAACUGGGAUUAAAGAUGGGAAGCGUUAUACAAGGGAUCAGUUGUUGACUAUCCGAUCUAAAUCAAACUCAAGCGAGGAUCUGGGCAUUUUUAUCAACGUUCCAGAGAUCGCAACCGGUAUAAAGACACCACCAGCUCCCCCAAGGGUUCCACCUCCCACCCCAGACCACUUAUCAGCUACGCCAGCUUCUGGCACUGGCACUCCUGUCGCUCGACUCCCUGUUACCCCCGAAGAGCCCGAGAGGAAGGAAGAAGGAGCAGUUAAAGAAGGCGCAGAAGCUGGUCUAAAAGUUACUGGAAGUGGAGACGGUGAGCCCAAGAAGAAGAAGAAGAAGAAGAAGAGUGGAGCAAAUAAAAAGGCAGCUCCAACAGGAUUUGAAGAAUUUUAUGCCGACCCGCCUCUCACCCCUAAUGAAUAUGAAGAGGAACGUGAUGUCUACCACGAACGCAAGCUCGAUAGCGUUCGUUCGAAUAUUCUUACAAAGUAUUUUGCUUUAGGUGGAAUCGAAGUCGGCACUAAAACUUUUAAUGGUGGUCUUGAUAAAGAAACUCUAGAGAACUCCACUGCAGCAGAGAUUGCCGCCAUUCAAGCUACCGACUUUGUUCGGUCUAGCAAUUCCAAAUACUACGACCCUUCAGAUACUGAAAAUUGGGUUGUGGAUUGGGAAGGUGUUGUCAAGGGCUUCCUAGCACCUAAAAUAAUGGGCGAUGGAGAAGACGGGGUUAAGAUGUAUUGCGCAGUGCUUAGGAACUUCCUAAACUACGUCUUGGCUCAUGAGGUAUGUAAAGAAUACACCAAAGAUGUCAUGGCCGCACGAAAGAUAUGUGACAUAGCCGAGAGGGAAUACCAUUCAAUCCGAUAUCUCCGGCAAAUGUUUCCCGGCGAUUUUAACGUAGCCGCCUCAACCCUUUUCGGGGAAUACCACAAGCAGCAUAUGGAGAUCAACGCUGCAUGGGUUGAUGUUGAAGAUGGCUCGGAGCAAUGGUGCACCAACGUACCCUUACUAAGCUUACCUGUUUGUCGAUUUGUCUUUGGAGGGAUUGUAGCCUUCCUUGGUAACAAGAGCCACUUUGAGAAAGCCAAGAAGGGUGAUGCUCAGGUCGUGGACAUCGAAAAUAAAUUUAUUGAGGUGGUAGAUGUCCAUCUUGCUACGGCAAACAUUGUUGCAGAAUUCUCUCGUGUCAAAGACCCCCGAGGAUUGGGUGCUCUAAAGCCAGUCGGCAAACUGCUGUGCAAGUCUUGGGAGGGUCCUGGCUAUGAUUAUGAAGACAAGACGGAUGAUGGAAAUGAAGUAGUCGAUGAUUCCGUUGAAGAGUUCUGGCUUGAGGAUGAAAUUUUACAACAUUGCUAUCCAGGCCUUAAGCUUGAAGUGGUUGUUCAUGAGCUCAACAUUGGUGUCAAAUAUUUCGAUCAAGUCAUCGAUGUCUUUCCUUCUUUUCACCUUUAUCUUCCUAAUGAGAAGAUGUUGGGUUGGAAAGAACCUGUUCCUAAUGAGAGACCGCCACCAACCGAAGAUGAUCCUGAUGCUGAGGAAAUGGUCAUGGAUGCCAUUGCGAAGGAUGAUGCUGAUGAGUUUGAUCGGCCAUAG